CUCCUAUACACAUUAUGAGCAUUGAUGGAUUCUAAUAAGUAUUCCCCUAAUUGGUUGCGGAAGCUGCUGCUAGGAAAAAGCCGUCGAACCAAUUUCGUGAUUAGUUUUUCUUUUCGGUUUAGGGAUCGUAAUUAGAGAUAAUCAAACGAGUUAAUAAUAACAAUCGUCAUCAUCCGUUCAGUUUUUGCAAUCCAAAAAAACUCCGCUUCCGCUGGCUGACCUCAUCAUCUUCUUCGCUCUCCGUUGGCACUGUCCGGCUGUCGUUUGUAUUCGCGUCUCUCUCUCUCUCUGUAACAAAGUUCACGGAGAUCAAGACCGAGCCGUCGGAAAAUUUAGGCAGCACCAACAAAAAAACCGAACAGACGAUUUCCCAAAAUAAUAUCUAGGGUUUCGAAAUUCCCUCUCUCUCGCUCCUCCUUCGCGCUCUUCUUUCUCUCUCUCUCCCUCUGUGUCUCUCUCCCCGCCAUCUGCGAUUUCCCUCUCUCAAUCGCCAUUCCCCCCUCGAGCUCUUCUCCUUCUUCUUUAUUACUUUUCCGCUUUUUGCACGGCCAGCUUUUGUCCGCCGGGUAACAUUGGAGGAGGGAGGGAGAGUAGUGCUUCUCACGUCUUUUCUCGUUUGGUACCCCGGGGACCCCCUGAAAUUUUUUUCUUCUUUUCGGGUUUUUUCUUCAGUUUUGUUUCGCCGGCAUAGGGGAAAAUAUUUACAGUGAAGGAAAGAAAAAAGAGAAGAAAGAUUCGGCCUUUACGGGAGAUUACUCGUUUCCCGGCUUGAGCUGAGGGCGGAAUGAGCUGUCUGUAGAGAUUGGGGGAAGAAAGGAAGGAAAUUUUCUGUUAAAGAAUCUUGCAAUCGCCAAGGGGGGGAGACAUUUAUUAGGGAAAGCCUUGUUUUGGUAUGUCAGCUAGCAUUCUUUGUAUCGUUGUUCUUAAUCAUCGUCGUGAGAUCACUUGUAUUGGUUUCUAGUUGUUGGGUUGCCUAUGGAUUUGGAAGUAGCUGCUGCACCAUUUGCUCGGCCUUCUAGGGAUCUGGCCAAAUGUUGCAAUUGUGGAUGUAGCUGCUGUUCUACGGGCUCUUCCUCCUCUGGGCCCUGGAUAAGAUCUGUGAAGAGGAAAUAUGAUGAAUUUGAGGGGAAGCCUUUUGUUAUACCGGGUCUCGAUCUCGUGUCGAAUCCACGGAUCCAAAUUGAGAACGAAAUUGUUGCCCUGAGAGAGAGCGUCAGUAGCCAACAGCAGGCGAUCCAGGAUUUGUAUGCUGAACUGGAAGAGGAGAGAAAUGCUGCUUCCUCAGCUGCAAAUGAGGCCAUGUCUAUGAUCUUGAGGUUGCAGAGGGAAAAGGCCGAGGUGCAGAUGGAGGCAAGACAGUUCAAGCGUUUUGCAGAGGAGAAGAUGGCCCAUGAUCAGGAAGAGCUUGUGUCUUUUGAAGAUGUGUUGUACAAGAGAGAGCAGGCUAUUCAGUCUCUUACCUGUGAAGUGCAGGCCUACAAGCAUAGGAUGAUGAGUUAUGGACUUACAGAGGCCGAGGUGGAAGGUGGGAUUAGCCGGAACCAGAGCAUGUCCGAUAAUAUGGGUUCACAGUUUGAUUUCGCAGAAUAUGACUACCCGCCACUGAAGUGCAAUAUGAACGAGAACCAAGCUGCUGUUGAGGCUGAUGAAGAAGAAGUUGUGGAUGUUGAGAAAUAUGCAUUUGGUGAAACACCUCGUUAUGGGGAAGUGCCUCGUCAUAAUGAAACUCCUCGUGGUAGGGAUCAUUUGAAGAAUCUGGAAUAUAGAAUCUACCAGAUGGAGAGGUCUCCCAGGAGUAGUCAAUUGGAUGCUGCUGAUGUUUCUGGUGGAAACGGGAAACAUAUCUUGGAGAAGGUGAUAGUUGGUCAGUCUCCAAGAAAGACCAGGCAUAACCAGAUUCUUUCUGUUGAGAGCCCGCGUUCAUUGAGAGGGAUAACGAGAGAUACAGCUCCAGAAUCACCUUCAUACAAGUUCCCUAAUAGCUUUAAGAAGGCAGAUUAUGUUACUCAUCCCGAAGAACACAAGACUCCGAGGAAGGCAGAUAAUAAUGCCUCAGAGUUUGAAGAUGAGAUGUAUGACAGAGUUUAUACCAUUGAUUCUGUCCACAAUGGAGUAAAUGAUCAUAAAGAAGAUUAUGUUUCAAGUCCAAUAACAGAUAUGUUUGAUCAGCCUGACCUGAGCGAUCCUGAUAUCAAGAAACUAUACACAAGGCUUCAUGCACUUGAGGCUGACAGGGAAUCAAUGAGGCAGUCACUAAUCUCAAUGCGUACUGACAAAGCACAAUUGGUACUACUAAAAGAAAUUGCCCAGCAGUUGUGUAAGGACAUGACACCUGAACGUAGACUACCGGUGAAGAAGACCUCCAUUGCGGGAACCGUGAAGUUCGUAUCGGUUGUCAAGUGGGUUACAUCCUUUGCCUUCUGGAGGAAGAGAGCUCGCCAAAGCAGCAGGUACAUGUUUGGGGCUACAAGUGACAACGAUGGCUUGUUAAUGCUUCUGGACAAAGGUGCACGAGCAAGGCAACAUUGGAGAUUUCUGUCAAGAACCCACCUGUAAAAGCUACAUAUCUCUUACCAAUGCUCCCCAAAUACGGACAUUUUGGGGAUCAAGUAGGGUAAUUGGAUCCAAUUUGUGAAGGUGUUGUUUGUGAUCGGUAUAUGUGAUUUUGGUGGUGGGUUCUUUCAUGGCUUGAGUUUUGUUUUGCUGGGUAUGAACAACGUAUGUGAGAAAAAAGAAAGGAGAAAAGAACAGGAAGGUGUAAACAUAGAAGUGCGAGCAGGGUAUGCGCAAAUUGUAUAUUGCAGAUUCUUGUAUGAUUUGUGUAAGAUUCAAAUGCGCAAUGGCUAUUGUAUUCUCGAUCUUACGCCACAUUCCGGACAGCGUCAUCUCUCUUUGCAACCCGUUUUGUUAGUUGAACUCGAGUUUCAAGCCCUGAAUCCAAGAUUGAGAUUGAUGUUUUUGUUCUCAGAUGACUACUUGAUCAACCCUUUGUGGCUGGUACUGGGCUAAUAUCGCUUCGUGAUCUUCAUCUAUAUGUUUAACAUGCGAGGGCGAAAGAUGUACACUCUUGUAUUCUUUUAGUUGCAUCUUAAAUCCAACGAUCAAGUAAAGCAACUAACCUUAUGACAGGGAAAGCAAUUGUGACUGGUGCUCUGUAACUGAUGACUUAAUAACCAAGUAACCAUUGACAAA